AACGGGUGUAGGUCUGUUUUGCAUUCCACGAGUUGCUAUUUGGUGAGGUGAACUCACACGUGUGGAGGGUGUUAGGUAGAAGGAACUAGGAAGAGAGGCAGCGCACGAGGUGGUAGCACUACAUGUUUCUUUUCAUUCAUUGUUGAACUUCAACUUCAACUUCAACUUGAACUUGUUGCAUUUGGAUCUCAUGGCAGAAGAAGCACUACUGCAAAACAAGCAGGUUCUAUUCAAAGGGUACAUAGAUGGUGUUCCUAAAGAAACCGAUAUGGAACUCAAGGUCGACUCACAUAUUGCGCUCAAGCCUCCCCCACAAGGCUCAUCAGCUAUUCUCGUUAAGAACCUUUAUCUCUCUUGCGAUCCAUACAUGCGCGGUCGCAUGCGUGAUUUCCACGGAUCUUAUAUCCCUCCUUUUCUUCCAGCCCAGGCACUUGAAGGAUUUGGUGUGUCUAAAGUUAUACACUCUGAUAAUCCAAAUUACAAGCCUGGUGAUUUCAUUACCGGCUUCACUGGCUGGGAAGAAUAUAGCCUCAUCCAAAGAACUGAACAGCUCCGAAAAAUUCACCCCGAUGAUGCCAUUCCUCUCUCCUUCCACGUCGGUCUUCUUGGAAUGCCAGGUUUUACUGCUUAUGCAGGAUUUUAUGAGGUCAGCACCCCAAGCAAGGGAGAAUAUGUUUUUGUAUCUGCAGCAUCUGGUGCCGUAGGUCAGCUUGUAGGCCAACUUGCUAAGUUGCAUGGCUGCUAUGUAGUUGGAAGUGCUGGGUCAAAGGAAAAGGUUGACCUUCUAAAGAACAAGCUUGGGUUCGAUGAAGCUUUUAAUUACAAGGAAGAAUUAGACUUGAAUGCAGCUCUACAAAGAUAUUUCCCGCAAGGCAUUGACAUCUACUUUGACAAUGUGGGUGGGGAUAUGCUCGAUGCUGCACUCCUUAACAUGAGGAUUCAUGGUAGAAUUGCAGUUUGUGGGAUGGUAUCUCAGCAAAGCCUUUCCAAGCCCAUAGGGAUAUACAAUUUAUUCAACCUCAUUACAAAGCGCAUCAAAAUGCAGGGUUUUUUGCAAAGUGAUUACUUGCACCUAUACCCGCGCUUUUUGGAAGAUGUUUCAAGUUACUACAAGCAAGGAAAGAUUGUGUAUAUUGAAGACAUGAAUGAAGGCUUGGAAAGUGCUCCAGCUGCUUUCGUUGGACUUUUCCAUGGCAAGAACGUUGGUAAGCAAGUCAUUCGUGUUGCCCAUGAAUGAUUUUUUCAGUAUUUGGUUAGCUGAAGCUUGAUAUGUUUUAAACAUAUUCAAUUGAGAAUUUUUGGAUGUUCUUGAACUGUGUCAGCUGGCAAGGCCUUAUUCUCACCUUCUGCCUUGAGCAGAAAAUGUAAACUUUUCAGUAUGCCUUAAUUAUGUAGAAAAUAAAGUAGCUGCAUUAGGUGGAUAUUGGAUCUUCUAAAAUAAUGAGAUAUGUAAAAUGAGAAAAUCAACAGUAGAUACGUUCAUGUGAUCUCAGUUUGUAAUCCUCACUUAAGAGACAAAGCUAAAUUUGCAUCUGGUUUGGUUGAA